CAUGUCCCAACGCUUUCGGAGGCGGAUAUCGGCCUCCUACCCACUGAGCUGGCUUCAAUCCCGAGGACAUGCAUUACAAGUUUUCUAAUCUCCUAAGUUUUGCGUGAUUUGAAUAGAGCUGUCAAACGGCUAACUUCUUUCGUUCUAUUCGUGCUCUUAAGUGCUAUUUUCAUGAGCCUUGAAAACCGCGGAACACUGAAUGCCUGGGGAAGGAACUAGAUUUUUGGCGAUCUACCGAAUUAUGCCCCGUUUCGUUGUUCUCAUUUUGAAUUAUUCAAGUUGUAUAGGGCUAUACCGUUGCUUUCUCGGCCGCUGAAUUUAGUCAUUCGCGGAUGCGUGGUCUUUACAAAGCGUUCGUUAAUUCGCUGCUUCUUUGAAUCAGAAGUCAAAGAAAGGCGUAGUGAUGAUCAGGCACCCAGGUAUGGUCGGUGGACCACCCCCCGGUCCGACUCAGCCCGGUGCUUCUCAAGGGCCGUAUAACCCAAACCUUGGCGGAAGUACCCCUACCCCGCGGUUUGUUACGCCGCAAAGGCCUUAUCCUAACCCUCCAACUGGUCCGCAUGUAUCUUCACCCUACCAUCAACAGGUUCAGCGUCCGGCGUAUCCGACCAAUUCUCCGGGACCCGUGAUGAACGCUUCGAUGAUGUCACCCAGGCAGCCAGCUCCUUUUCCGGGUUCUCCGCAAGGCAUCCGACCGAUGGCAUCCGGUUCUGUGAAGCGUCCGAUGGAUCAGCGUGGUGGAAAUGCUUUCCAGCAGCUUCAGAAGACGUUCGGUCCUCCUGCCAAGAAGAAAAAGAAACUCGCUGAUAAAAUUUUACCGCAGAAAGUUCGAGACUUGGUUCCCGAAUCUCAGGCAUACAUGGAUCUCUUGGCAUUUGAAAGGAAGCUCGAUGCCACAAUUAUGAGGAAACGUUUGGACAUCCAGGAAGCGUUGAAGCGCCCCAUGAAGCAGAAACGCAAAUUGCGGGUUUUUAUUUCCAACACGUUCUAUCCGGCAAGGGAUCCGUCCGAUGCUGAGAAUGGUGUUCAGGGGGCUCCAAUAACUGGACCAGGCGGAUCAGUGGCAUCUUGGGAAUUGCGUGUUGAGGGAAAGUUACUGGAAGAUGGGAAAGUGGAUCCAAGCAAGGUCAAAAGGAAGUUUUCAUCGUUCUUCAAGAGCCUAGUAAUCGAGCUUGACAAGGACCUGUACGGCCCCGAUAACCACCUCGUUGAAUGGCAUCGAAUUGCGACUACUCAGGAAACCGAUGGUUUCCAAGUUAAGCGCCCAGGGGACAAGAACGUAAGAUGCACGAUACUGCUUCUGCUGGAUUUCCAGCCGCUGCAGUUCAAGUUAGACAGAAGGUUGGCCUCUCUUCUGGGUGUUCACACUCAAACGCGUCCCGCUAUCAUCAACGCAUUGUGGCAGUAUGUUAAAACCCAUAAAUUGCAGGAUCCAAAUGAACGGGAAUGGAUUCGUUGUAAUCGAUUUCUGGAGCAAAUUUUCGGAACUCAACGAAUGAAGUUUUCGGAGAUUCCACAGCGAUUGCAGCACUUAUUGCACCCUCCUGACCCAAUCGUUAUUCAACAUUUAAUCUGUGUGGAUGGGCCAGAACCGAAGAAAACUGCGUGUUACGACAUAGAUGUUGAAGUGGACGACAAUCUCAAGGCUCAGAUGAAUAAUUUUCUACUUUCGACGGCAUCUCAGCAAGAAAUUCAGAAUUUGGAUAAUAAAAUUCAUGAUACUGUGGAAAGCAUCAAUCAAAUGAAGAUAAGUAGAGAGUUCUUCCUCAGCUUCUCCAGAGACCCUCAGCAGUUCAUCCAAAAAUGGCUGGUUUCUCAAAACCGAGAUUUGAAGACAAUGCUUGACGUGACCGGAAAUCCCGAAGAAGAGCGCCACGCGGAAUUUUAUCAUCAGCCGUGGAUGCCCGAAGCAGUUUCCCGAUAUUUUUAUGCCAAAAUUCAACAGAAGCGUGCUGAAUUGGAACAUCUCCUUGGUCUCAACAAAUAAUUAUGGCGAAAAAAUUCGGUUUCGGGUGUAAAUAACUUUUCUAAUCAUUACUGUAGACUGUUGGAUGCUUCUCCUGUUCGCGACGUUUCAGGCAAUUCUUUCGGUGUAAUUGUUAUGUUGCUUUUGUUCGUAUGAACAUGGAGUAUUUGUAUGACAA